AUUGGAUACUUCCCUAAAAUAUCUAGACCAACCCUCAUUAAAGAGUACUAGUACGUAGUAUUAGAGUUUUUUUUUUUUUUUUUGCGAGCAAUGUAUUAGUGUAAUAGUGUACUAACUAUGCACAUUUACAUUAUUAUUGACAAUUUAUCACAUCAUUAUUGCACCUUUACAUAGAACUAGAAACACCUACCAUAUCACACUACCACAUACUCCACUUGCUCUAUUUAGGAUAAGUGAUCUCUCCUUCUUUUCACUUUCUCUCUCCUAUUUUUGAAAGAUUUGUGGAGUUGCAAAAAUGGAUGAAUCUAAGAAAAAAGUAGACCAUCAACAUGAACAACAAAUAGUCUUAGAAAAAGCUGUUGCAAAAACAUUAGAUUUCUUUGAAGAAUUGGGUAGCUCAAUUGAGUCACUGCCCUUAAACACCAAUGGUCACGACUACAUGUCACAACCAAUGGUUCGUUUUCUCAAAGUCGAUUCCAUUUCUCGUGGUCGUGUUACUUGCUCCUUUUCUGUUCUACCUCCUUUCGUCAACUACUAUGAGGGGUUGCAAGGAGGAGUAGUGGCAAGUGUGGCCGAAAGGCUAGCCACAGCGUGUGCUCGAACCAUGGUAGGGGAGGAGAAGCCAUUGUUUCUUGGUGAACAAAGCAUACCCUACCUUUCUGCUGCUUCAAUGAAUGCUGAGUUGGUUGCUGAUGGAAAGGUUUUGAGGAGUGGAAGAAACUUAACAGUAGUAUCAAUUGAAAUCAAACCAAAAGAUUCGAAGAAGCUGCUUUACAUUUCUCAAGCUACUUUCUAUCACCUCCCUAUCUCAAAAUUAUGAUGUGUAUGUGCUAGAUUUAUGAUUCGAUUAAUAGUACUUGUAUAGUUGUAUUGAUGUAUUCGGAUUAUUAUUAGCUAUGAAGGCGUGUCGUGCUCUUUGGCUCUUCACAAGCUCGUUCACAUUAGGUGUUGUCCGUCAUGGGCAUUGGGCGAGCAUGUGAAAGACCCAACACGCAAAUCUUUAUAGGUAUGUACCACGUGUUACAUAGAGUUAUAAACGCAUCUUAUAAUUUAUACGUACUCUUUAUAGAAAACAUUGUGUGUACUAUACUUAUGAGAAAUCUUUUUAUUUUAUUUAAAGA